GAACAAAUAAGAAUCAUAACAUUUCCUCAUUGUCCGACAUCAAAGUCACUUGAAACUCCCCCUCCACUACUACUACUACUACUACUACUACUACUACUCUCACAACAAUCUCACCAAACAACCACCAUAAAAUGUCAAUGAUGGCAAAGCGAGAAGCAAUCGUAAUGACCGUUGCCGCAAUCGGCGGUCUCAUCGGCGCCAACGCCUUGCUAAAACCUUCUCCUCACCACAGCAUCAAGGCAGGAAUGGAUUCGCAGUUACAUUCCUUCAAUGCUCAUAUCAAACCGCAUAUUGAGCAAGAUCCUAUGGAUACGAUUUUUGAUCGCACGGCGUUGAUGGAGAGUGUGAAGGAUAAGAAACCUUGGAAUAAGACGUAUGCGGAGAAGGAGAGGCAUCGAUAGAAGGGCGGAGAGAGAGAUGGAGUAAUUUGGUGUUGUUGUUUGGGUGGCUAAAGAGUCGUUUCGCUUGUGAGCAGGGUUUUGGGUCGGCGUUCAAAUUGGAAUUGGAGUUCGAUUCCUUGUCCUGAGAGAUGGAUUGAAUUUUAUGAUGAAUAAUACAACUGAUAUAUAUAAAUGUCUGCAAUGUUUUGACCA